CACAGCUGCUAGCACUGACAACAACACUAGACUUACCUGUGUAUAGAAGCACAGCUAGCUACCCACCUCAAGUCAUCUGAGCGAAGAGAGAGAGAGAGAGAGCGAGAGAGAGACAACACACCUAUUACACACGGCCUGGUCGGACCUCAUUCCAUAGCUCUGCUCCGGACCAUGGUCCGUCAUACCACCUGUAUCAUGAGCAUCCCUUCCACUGCCAGCAUUGAGAGCCAGCUGCCCACAACAUGGAGCUCCUACCCCUGCCCAGACAUUUCCACAGUGAUGCCUGGUUACACCUGUCACCUGUGGUCCCAGGACUCUCAGCCUCAGUAUUGGUCAAAGUACCUGGUGUGGCAGUGGCUACAGCAGAUGUUGGACAUGCACCAGAUCGACGCUGCCAGCAUCCCCUUCCAGAACUUUGACGUGGACGGCCAUCAGCUGUGCAGCAUGACCUACCAGGACUUCACACAUGCCGCAGGCACCGUGGGGCCUAUCCUCUACCACAGCCUCAACGAGCUCAAAUGGAGCGGACAGUAUCCUGGUGUGGCGUUUUCACCGCUGGACGUUAUCAAAUCAGAGCCAGAUGAUUUUCCGUGUCCAUUCUCAGAACCUAGCAUCUAUCCUGCAGAUAUUUAUGAUCCCUCAUUUCAAUGCCUCGCACCUGUGGCGUCUCCCACUCCCUCAAGUCCAGACACGAAGAGAUCUCACAGUCACCCUCAUCAGGUCAAAAAACACAACCCCCGGAGGACCCACCUGUGGGAGUUCAUUAGGGACAUUCUGCUGAACCCGGAGUGGAACCCAGGCCUGCUCAAGUGGGAGGACCGGACAGAUGGCGUGUUCCGUUUCCUGAAGUCAGAGGCUGUGGCUCAGCUGUGGGGCAAGAAGAAGAAGAACAGCAACAUGACCUACGAGAAGCUCAGCCGAGCUAUGAGAUAUUACUACAAACGGGAAAUCCUGGAACACGUGGAUGGACGAAGGCUGGUUUACAAGUUUGGAAGAAAUGCAAAAGGAUGGAGUGAGUCAGAGAAGUGAAAGAGUCUAUGAGGAUGCCUCUCCACUAUGUUGUGCCUUUUUUUAACCACCAUAUGAAGAUGUCUAUGUUUAUUUUUUAUUUUAAUGGGUCACUGUGAUGUUUUACUAUGUUGUUGUUUUAAAGAGGAGUAGAAUGCCUUGUUGCAACUCUUGACAUUUGUGGGAAUUUUUGUAUGAAAUGUUUACAGUUGGUUCAGAAAGACUACAUUUUACAUUUGAUUGCUUACCCAGCUAGCACAUAACCUUCUGAGAACAAAAUGUUUCUUAGAGCUCGGUGACAGCGGGGUUGUCAUAUCGUUAUUUUGCAUACAACCUUCCUACAACUUUCUGGGAAUGGUGCAGGAUAGUUGCUUGGCUGUGGAACAUUCUUGGGCACAUUUAAGAAACAAGAAAAAAGUAUAAUAUUCUUGGUAUUUCAUUUCUUUAUCUGAAUGUUUCCUAAAAGUUCAAA